AGCCCCGGACCCAGGAGGCCCACGGAGCUGAAGGUGACCCUCAGCAAGACCCCAGCGGAAGGCAGGGAGCCCUGCCGACAGCUGUGUGGCACCUCGGACCGGGCUCCUGUUAGGAGGGAAUACCUGUGCCCAGGCAGCGGCUCAGAGGCAGCUGCUCCAUGCAGAACUGAAGUUGGUUCUGCAGCAGAAGGGGGAGAGGAAGCAGGAGCCUGGGGCUCAGGUGUCCCCCAGCGGUGCCAUGGAGGCCAGGAGCCGGAGUGCUGAGGAGCUGAGGCGAGCGGAGUUGGUGGAGAUUAUUGUGGAAACCGAGGCGCAGACCGGAGUCAGCGGCAUCAACGUAGCGGGCGGCGGCAAAGAGGGAAUCUUCGUCCGCGAGCUGCGCGAGGACUCACCCGCCGCCAGGAGCCUCAGCCUACAGGAAGGGGACCAGCUCCUGAGCGCCCGCGUGUUCUUUGAGAACUUCAAGUACGAGGACGCACUUCGCCUGCUGCAAUGCGCCGAACCUUACAAGGUCUCCUUCUGCCUGAAGCGCACUGUGCCCACCGGAGACCUGGCGCUGCGGCCCGGGACCGUGGCUGGCUACGAGAUCAAGGGGCCGCGGGCCAAGGUGGCCAAGCUGAACAUCCAGAGUCUGUCCCCCGUGAAGAAGAAGAAGAUGGUGGUGGUGCCCGGGGCCCUGGGGGCCCCUGCAGACCUGGCCCCCGUUGACGUCGAGUUCUCCUUUCCCAAGUUCUCCCGUCUGCGUCGAGGCCUCAAAGCUGAGGCUGAAGGUCCUGUCCCAGCUGCCCCUGCCCGCCGGCGCCUCCAGCUGCCUCGGCUGCGUGUAAGAGAAGUGGCCGAAGAGGCCCAGGUAGCCCGGUUGGCUGCUGCUGCUCCUCCCCCCAGGAAGGCCAAGGCAGAGGCAGAGGUGGCAGCAGGAGCCCGUUUCACAGCCCCUCAGGUGGAGCUGGUUGGACCCCGGCUGCCAGGUGCUGAGGUGGGUGUCCCUCAGGUCUCAGCCCCCAAGGUGGCCCCCUCAGCAGAGGCACCCAGUGGCUUAGCCCUCCACCUGCCCACCCUUGGGCUGGGAGCCCCUGCUGCACCUGUUGUGGAGCCUCCAGCCGUAGGGAUCCAGGUUCCCCAAGUGGAGCUGCCCACCUUGCCCUCACUACCCACUUUGCCCACACUUCCUUGCCUGGAGACCCGGGAAGGGGCGGUGACGGUGACGGUGCCCACCUUGGAUGUAGCAGCACCUACCGUGGGGGUGGACCUGGCCUUGCCAGGCAAAGAGGCAGAGGCCAGGGGAGAGGUGCCUGAGGUGGCCCUGAAGAUGCCCCGCCUCAGUUUCCCCCGAUUCGGGACCCGAGGGAAAGAAGUUGCUGAGGCCAAGGUGACCAAGGGCAGUCCGGAGGCCAGGGUGAAGGGUCCCAGACUUCGAAUGCCCACCUUUGGGCUUUCUCUUCUGGAGCCCCGGCCCUCUGCCCCUGAAGCCAUUGUUGAGAGCAAGUUGAAACUGCCCACCAUCAAAAUGCCCUCCUUUGGCAUCGGAGUCGCAGGGCCUGAGGUCAAGGUGCCCAAAGGGCCUGAAGUGAAGCUCCCCAAGGUCCCUGAGAUCAAGCUCCCCAAAAUGCCUGAGGCAGCCCUCCCGGACGUGCGACUCCCAGAGGUGCCUCCCAAAGUGUCAGAGAUGAAACUCCCCAAGGUGCCCGAGGUGGCUGUGCCUGAGGUUCGACUCCCAGAGGUGCAGCUGCCCAAAGUACCAGAGAUGAAAGUCCCCGAGAUGAAGCUCCCUAAGGUGCCCGAGAUGGCCGUGCCUGACGUGCACCUGCCAGAAGUGCAGCUCCCGAAGGUUCCAGAGAUGAAACUCCCCGAGAUGAAGCUCCCCAAGGUGCCCGAGAUGGCCGUGCCUGACGUGCACCUGCCAGAAGUGCAGCUCCCGAAGGUUCCAGAGAUGAAACUCCCAAAGGUGCCCGAGAUGAAGCUCCCUGAGAUGAAACUCCCGAAGGUGCCCGAGAUGGCCGUGCCCGACGUGCACCUGCCAGAAGUGCAGCUGCCCAAGGUGUCCGAGAUGAAGCUCCCCAAGGUGCCCGAGAUGGCCGUGCCCGAGGUCCGACUUCCGGAGGUGCAGCUGCCCAAAGUGUCCGAGAUGAAGCUCCCGAAGAUGCCCGAGAUGGUUGUGCCAGAGGUUCGACUUCCAGAGGUACAGCUACCCAAAGUGUCAGAGAUGAAGCUCCCCAAGGUGCCUGAGAUGGCCGUGCCCGAGGUCCGACUUCCGGAGGUGCAGCUACCCAAAGUGUCAGAGAUGAAACUUCCCAAAGUGCCCGAGAUGACCGUGCCCGAUGUGCAGCUCCCAGAGGUGCAGCUGCCCAAAGUGUCAGAGAUUCGGCUGCCAGAAAUGCAAGUGCCAAAGGUACCAGAUGUACAGCUGGCAGCUCCCAAGGCACCGGAGAUGAAGCUAAAAGCUGCUGGGGCAGAGCAGGCAGAGGGGACAGAGUUUGGCUUCAAGAUGCCCAAGAUGACCAUGCCCAAGUUGGGGAGAGUGGGGUCUCCGUCCCAAGGCAGACCAGGCGAGGCAGGGGCGGAGGUCUCGGGAAAGCUGGUGACACUUCCCUGUCUGCAGCCAGAGGUGCGCGAUGAGGCCCGUGUGGGUGUCCCCUCUCUCACUCUGCCUUCUGUGGAACUAGACCUGCCAGGGGCCCUCGGCCUCGAGGGACAGGUUCAGGCGGCCAAAGUGGGCAAGGUGGAGCAGCCAGAGGGUCCCCAGGCAGCAGCAGGGGUUGGGGAAGUGGGCUUCCGAGUGCCCUCUGUUGAGAUUGUCACUCCUCAGCUGCCCACGGUGGAAGCUGAGGAAGGACGACCAGAGAUGAUGGAAAUGAAGGCCAAACCCUCCUCCAAGUUCUCCCUGCCCAAGUUUGGACUCUCAGGGCCAAAGGUGGCCAAGGCAGAGGCUGAGGGGGCUGGACGAGCCACCAAGCUGAAGGUGUCCAAGUUUGCUAUCUCACUCCCCAAGGCACGGAUGGGGACCGAAGCUGAGGCCAAAGAGGCGGGGGAGGGAGGCCUGCUGCCUGCCCUCGAUCUGUCAAUUCCACAGAUCGGUCUGGAUGCCCAUCUGCCCUCGGGCAAGGUGGAGGUGGCAGGGGCCGAUGUCAAGCUCAAGGGGCCCAGGUUUGCUCUGCCCAAGUUUGGGGUCAAAGGCCGGGACGCUGAGCCGGGAGAACUAGCGCCGGGGAUAGCUGAGUUGGAGGGCAAGGGCUGGGGCUGGGAUGGGAAGGUCAAGAUGCCCAAGCUGAAGAUGCCCUCUUUUGGGCUGGCCCGAGGGAAGGAAGCAGAAGUCCAGGGUGGGCCCAUCAGCCCUGGGGAAAAGCCAGGGUCCGUAGCUGGGCAGCUUAAGAUCCCUGAGGUGGAGUUGGUCACCCUGGGGACCCAGGAGGAAGCGGGGGCAGAAGGAGCAGUGACAGUGAGUGGAGUGAGGUCAUCAGGUCUGCAGGUGUCCACGACAGGGCCAGUGGCCACUGAGGGCCAUGAGGGGGUGCUGAGGAUGCCUCCACUGGGCAUCUCCCUGCCCCAGGUAGAACUAACCAGCUUUGGGGAGGCGGGCACCCCAGGGCAGCAGGCCAAGAGCAUGACCCCUCCAGCAGAAGGCCCAGCGGGCUACAAAGUCCAGGUGCCCCAGGUGAGCCUGUCUCUACCUGGAAGCCAGGUGGCAGGUGGUGAGCUGUUAGUGGGUGAAGGCAUCUUCAAGAUGCCCACUGUGACCGUGCCCCAGCUCGAGUUGGACGUGGGGCUGAACCGGGAGGCCCAGGCGCCUGAGGUGGCCACAGGGGAGGGGGGUGCGAGGCUGAAGCUGCCCACACUCGGGGCAGGAGCCAGGGGAGAGGGGACUGAGGACCAGUCCCAAGGGGCCGAGCACACCUUCCGCCUCUCUCUGCCAGAAGUGGAGCUCUCACCACCUGCUGUGGGCAGCCACGCCGAGUACCAGGUGGCAGGGGGUGACGGAGACACUGCCCAGAAACUUAAGGUGCGGCUGCCCCGGUUUGGCCUGGUGCGAGCCAAGGAGGGGGUGGAGGAGGGUGAGAAGGCCAAAAGCCCCAAGCUCAGGCUCCCCCGGGUGGGCUUCAGCCAGAGUGAGUCUGUCCCCAGAGAAGGUUCCCCCAGCCCCGAGGAGGAGGAAGAGGAGGGCGGUGGGGAAGGGGUCUCGGGACGCCGGGGCCGGGUCAGGGUCCGCUUGCCCCGCGUGGGCCUAGCAGCCCCUUCAAAGGCCUCUAGGGGACAGGAGGGCGAUGCAGCCUCCAAGUCCCCUGUUGGGGAGAAGUCGCCCAAGUUCCGCUUCCCCAGGGUGUCUCUAAGCCCUAAGGCCCGGAGUGGAAGUGGGGACCAGGAAGAGGGUGGGUUCAGGGUCCGCCUGCCCAGUGUGGGGUUUUCUGAGACAGGGGCUCCAGGCCCCACCAGGAUGGAGGGGGCCCAGGCUGCUGCCGUCUGAAGCCCUGGGCAGACGGAGACAUCCCCUCCCCUCGUUUUGUGUGUGAGAUAACUAGCACUAACCCUCAGAGGGCCAGGAGGUGGGCGACUUGACCAGGGCAGGGCGGAGGCCUGGGCCUCUCCUCGGCAGGAGUGCCUGUAUCAUUCCAAGCCAUGUGAAUAAAAUAAU